AUGGAAACCGAGGGUAUCAAGCGUGAGGAACUGGAGGGAGGCACAGGUGAGGCCGCUCCGCAGGAGACUGCUUCACAAGAGACCCCUCCAGAGGAAGACAUAAAUGGCAGACUGACGGAAAUCCUCUCCGUCGCGUCUGAGUGUAUCCAGCCCGAGGAGCUAAAGGCCAGGCUACUCCUCAAGAGGCGGCUGAUCUGCUACGAUGGGUUCGAGCCGUCCGGCCGGAUGCACAUCGCGCAAGGACUUCUCAAAUGCCAAAUUGUAAACAAACUGACAAGCAACGGAUGCACGUUUAUCUUCUGGAUCGCAGACUGGUUCGCACAGCUGAACAAUAAGAUGUGUGGAGAUUUAAAAAAAAUAAAAAAAGUCGGAAAAUACUUCAUCGAGGUGUGGAAGAGCUGUGGCAUGAACAUGGAGAACGUCCAAUUCCUCUGGGCCAGCGACGAAAUUAAUAGAAAACCGAAUGACUAUUGGUCACUUGUCAUAGAUAUAUCAAAAUGUUUUAAUAUCAACAGAAUAAAGAGGUGUUUAAAAAUCAUGGGACGAUCAGAGGGAGAAGAAAAUUAUGCCUCACAGAUUAUGUACCCUUGUAUGCAAUGUGCCGAUAUUUUUUUUCUCAAUGUUGAUAUUUGCCAGCUUGGGAUUGACCAGAGGAAGGUAAACAUGCUAGCUCGAGAAUACUGCGACAUAAAGAAGAUAAAGAAGAAGCCCAUAAUCUUGUCUCAUGAGAUGCUUCCUGGACUUUUGGAGGGACAGGAGAAGAUGUCCAAAUCGGAUGAAAAUUCAGCGAUCUUUAUGGACGACUUGGAGGCCGACGUGAACAGGAAGAUAAAGAAGGCGUACUGCCCACCGGCCGUGAUUGAGAACAACCCCAUUUUCGCAUACGCCCGGAGCAUCGUGUUUCCUCAUUACAACGAGUUCGCUCUGCAGCGGAAGGAGAAGAACGGGGGAAACAAGACCUACGCCACGAUCGCUGAACUGGAGGCGGACUACCUCAGCGGCGCACUCCACCCCCUCGACCUCAAGGACAACGUGGCUCUGUAUCUGAACAAAAUGCUUCAGCCCGUCAGAGAUCAUUUCCAAAAUGAUGCCGAGGCGAAAAGUCUGCUUAAUGAAAUCAGAAAGUACAAGGUGACCAAAUGA